AUGCCUUUCAUCCGGCAGUAUCAAGCCACAGAUCUGAAUGAGGUGGUACACAUCUUCAACGAGACUGCAGCACCUGACUUGCGUGCAGGAGGCGAGAUUAUUCUUGACUUGGCUUGCCAUAUCUGGUGUCGCCCAUACUUGAUGCUACGACCGGAAACGUGCUUCGUCUUGGACGACGACCAUGGACGUGCCGUCGGUUACAUCCUAGCAGCGCUAGAUACUCGUGCCUAUGUUCAGUCAUACAAAGAAGUAUAUAUACCACAUCUGAUCUCGGAAGGUUACCUCGAGCCUGGAGUAGGUGAACCAUCAGACUGGGACACGAACUUGCCCAGCGCCUUGAAGAAGAUAAUGCACACUCCCGAGGGAGCCUUACACCGGGAAGCACCCGACUUGAUUGACAGCUACCCAGGCCAUUUGCAUAUCGAUGUUCUAGCUCCUUACCAAAGGCAUGGUUGGGGUCGUCGGCUGAUUGAACGAAUCUUGGAAAUUGCAAAGCGAUUCCAAACACCUGGCAUUCAUCUGAUCAUGGCAGCAUCGAAUCAAGAGGCUAAGAUUUUCUACCCCAAGGUCGGGUUUUCCAGAUUCCCACAGAUCCUUGACAAUGGCGAGAGUGGUGAGGAGGGGAGAGAUAAGACGACGAUUUGGUUCGUCAAGUCACUGUAG